GAGGCAAAGAACUUCGACUCUUACAACACCAUCCCCUUCGGUACAUUUUCGAUAUCCUCACGAGCACCCGAUACCACCGCGACGAGGGCAGACAUCAUGGGCAACAAGUGCACCAAGUUCAGCUGCUUUACCUGCUCCUGCACGGUGAUCUGCCACGGCGAUGGAAGGAAGCAUGACCACGGCGACGGAGAUGACCACUGCCUGCGGUGCCGUCAGACGCGUCGUCGCGCCGAAUCUCGCGCGUCUGUCUCGAACACCAGCACCGAGCCGAUGCCGCGUCAGCGGGAGGAUUACACCGCCCCAGCGCACCACGUUCAGAGUACGUCCCGAGAUCAUAAUGCCUUUUUCUGGAGCUUUUCCCUUGCAUCUUCACCGAGACGACUUAUUCUCUGCUCUUAUCCUUACCGAUCUCGGUCACUGGGGACUGGUGGUUUGAGUCGGUUGAGACUGGAUCUCCCUCAGCCGCAGUUUGACAUGAGCAAAAGAGCUGACGAGCGCCAGAAGAAUCGCGCGGAAGAACUCCCGAUAACGCCCACCCCGCCAACCCGCGGCGCCAUCAGUCACCGCACCAGACCCAGAACCACCCGAACACCCCGCGGCCCAUGUCGCCUGCUGCUCGCCCGACCAUCCCCAACCGGUCGUCUUCCCUCGCGCAUGGCGCUGUGAUGGAGAGGCAGAGGAGCCUCGCUAGUUUCGCUCCUGGCGUCGUCGCGCAAGAGUACCAAACCUGGGGAGCCCAGCCGGUAUGGGGUCUCACCCCCGAGGACCUU